AUGGACUUUGCCCGCCCUCCUGCUGAGGAUGUGUAUGAGAGGCUUGAUACCUUCUUUCCGGAGCAUAAUCUCGAUGAACCGGUCAUUGAAGCACCAUCUGGAGGCACGUCGCCUACGUCUGUCGAGAACCCGGCCAUUCCCAUGUUGCCUGCUUCAGCCUCCUCCAAACAAUUCCGUCACAAGAAGUCUAUCAGAGUAGUUGCUGCAGAGCAUAAGCGCCGAAUCGACCGUACUUCACGCAUGCAAGCUACUUCUUCCUCUGCUAAUGAUAUGUUACGGAAGAGAAGUACAAAGCUGUGGGGGAGCAAAUUGGAAGAGGUCACACCAGCCCAGGGACAGUCCAUGAUAACCGUUCCCGAGUCGCCUACCACUGCUGGACCCAAACCCAUCUUCAAAUGGGUGCGCGGAGAACUGAUCGGGAGAGGUACCUACGGACGCGUCUACCUAGCGUUGAACGCUACUACUGGUGAAAUGAUUGCGGUCAAGCAAGUGGAAAUACCACGCACGCUCAGCGAUAAGGAGGACACCCGGCAGGUCUCUGUAGUGGAAGCGCUGAAGUCUGAAAGCGAGACACUUAAGGACCUCGACCAUCCCCACAUCGUGCAAUACCUCGGGUUCGAAGAGACUCCGAGCUUCCUUAGCAUCUUCCUUGAAUACGUUCCGGGUGGAUCCAUCGGCAGCUGCCUACGAAAGCAUGGCAAGUUUAACGAAGAUGUGACAAAAUCCUUCACGGAGCAGAUACUAAAUGGCCUGGAAUACCUUCAUUCAAGAGGCAUCCUCCACCGAGAUCUGAAGGCCGAUAAUAUCCUUGUUGAGACUUCCGGGGUAUGCAAGAUCUCCGAUUUUGGGAUCUCAAAGCGCACGGACGAUAUGAACGCUGGCGCAGCGUUCACGGCCAUGCAAGGGACUGUCUUCUGGAUGGCUCCAGAAGUUGUAAAGACCGGAAAACAAGGUUACAAUACCAAGAUCGACAUCUGGAGCGUUGGAUGCGUUGUCCUCGAAAUGUGGGCCGGUCGGCGACCAUGGAACGAGGAGGAAGCGGUUGCGGUCAUGUUCAAGCUUUAUGGGAAGGAGGCGAGCCCUCCUGUUCCCGCCGACGUUGUGCUAUCUCCUCUUGCUGACGACUUCCGCCUCAAAUGCUUUGCAAUUAAUCCGGAUGAGCGGCCCCCGGCCGCCGAAUUGCGCCUGCACCCGUACCUUAAACUUCCCCCGAACUGGGUGUUUCAGGGUUUCAAAUAGGUCUUCUUUCAUCCAUUACUCGGACCUACGGUUUCCUGACAUCACUCGUUUCCCCACCACUAUUUUGUCUGUAUGCGACUCAUCACCUUUGUCAUCGUCUUUGGAUACUACAUCUUUGCACGCGUAUAUUACUCACAGCGCACGUCGUCCGGUUUGACCCAUGUACUACACUCUAAU